AUGACGUUUUCUCCUUCUAAUGUGACGGAGCAGCGUGCUGGAAGUAGUGGUUCAAUUCCGACUUGUAAAAGGCCGCAGCACUAAAAGCUGCUGAUCUUACGACAGAAGAACAGAGUGACAGAUCUAAAUAGAGAGAUAUAGAGAUAAGGAGACGAGACAAAACGUGACGAAAAGAGCGAGUAGACUGCAGACAAAGACAUAUAUACAUAAACAUAUUUAUACACGCAUACACAUAAAUAUACGUACACGCAGAUACACACACAUAUCUCAGAAGUUUCCUUAUUUCAAGAAGGAAAAAAAAGAAAAACAUAUAAAGAUAUAUCUAUAUAUGUCAAGAUGUUUUGUAAAUGUCAACGUUAGCUAGCUAGAAUGGUGCUUAUUGCUACGUGAAGUUGUAAAGUCAAGUGUUAACUGAAGGAAAUCUGGUGAAAUGGCAACAGUUUCCAGCCGAAUGGAUCGUCACGAGGAAUUAGUCAAUGCUAAGGAUGCUGUUGGCAAUACAUCAGCAGAAUAUUCCAUGUUGAUGCAUGGAAUCAACACUUGUGCUGCCCCUCUUGUACAUCAAAUAGUUCGACAGAACCCUCAAUUAGUCCAUCAGAAAGGUUGGCAUUCUCAGACACCGUUGCACAAGGCAUCUCUUGGAGGUGACUGGACUAUAAUCUACCUACUUUUGGAGGCAGGUGCUGACCCAAACAUGUGCAAUGACUUUGAUGAAACACCUCUGCACUAUGUGUGCCGUCGUGGAAUUGCGUCCAAUGUACACCUAAUGUUACAACAUAAUGCAGACAUCCAGCUGACAGACAAGCAAGGACGUUCAGUUGUGCACCAUGCUGCACAAAGUGGAAGUGUGUGUGUUCUCCAUUACCUCAACAGUGUCCAUAAUUUGAGUCUUCAAGCAAUGGACAACAACCUCCAGACUCCACUCCAUAUUGUCUGCCAAAUGGGUCACUUAGAAGCUUUGAAAUAUCUCACCAAAAAUCAGCGUUCUGAUGUUUUCCAGAAAGAUGUCGAUGGAAAUACAGUGCUACACCUAACUGCAAAGGAAGGUUUUAGCCAUAUCUCUUGGAUUUUGUUGAAUGUUGGGGAUUGUAGUCUGUUACACAUGAAAAACAAACAGAAUAUGACGCCACUAGACCUGGUUCUUGAAAAUCCAAAAAAGAAGAGCGACCAUAAACAGCUGGUGUCUCUCCUGUCAUAUAUGUCUUCAAAAAAAAGUAACCAGAAACCUCCAAGUCCAUUGUUUAUCUGGUGGCUUCAACUACUACAGCCCUGCCUUGUCUAUACCAGUAUGCUUGUUAUUGCACAUAUGACAGGAGACCAGUACCAAGGCGCUGUUGCCAUCUUUGCUCUCCUCUACUUUCUAUUUCUUCUCAGGAAACAUUCACACAGAAUGAAUCAUGUAUGCAAAUGGCCGAACCCUGUUUAUGCUGGGAUGUUUUCAGCUGGUCUCCUUUAUUCAAUAUUUACCUACUUUUUGAUUUUAUUACCAAAUACCAGAGAUUAUAUAUUUUUGCAUUGUCUUUCCCCAUUUUUGACGACACUUUUAUUGUAUUUAUACUGGAAAAUGCUGAGGACUGAUCCUGGUACAAUCCGGUACUCCCUGUCUAAAGAUGGCACUAAUUGCCCUUAUACACUAAAAGAUCUGUGUGUCCCACCAUUGAAAGUCGAAAUAUUUUGUGAAGAGUGUGAAAUUGUGCGAAGUCCUCGAGUGAAACAUUGCCGCCUCUGUGUGACAUGCUUCCAAAAUAUGGACCAUCAUUGCCUCUUUCUGCUGAAGUGUGUUGCGAAGAAUAACCACACAUUGUUUGUGUGGUUCCUUAUUUGCUGUGCAGCCAGUCUGAGUUUCUUCCUCCUCACUGCAUUGCUCUAUUGUGUUAAUGUUUACAAAGACUUCACCGUUCUUGAAACGGUUGUCAUAUUGAUACGGAGCAACAUCUGGAUCUUGACCCUCUCCACCAUGGAUCUCUUCUCCCUCGCUUGGAUUCUCACGUUGAUCCGAUUCCAGUUUAUCAUAGUCUCUCAAGGGAACACUACGUAUUUCCAAAAAUCUGACAGUGUUUUGACAUCCACUGAAAAGCUGUUGAACAUUGCAUAUUUCUUACAGGGAAAGCAACCUUUCGCGUCUGACCCCUUUGCAGCCUAAUCCUACUCGAGAUCAUUCAUACAUUAAGUAUUUUCAUUUUACUAACGACGCAUGCUCUCUCACACACACACUCACAUAAACAUUUACACACACACUCACACAUACAUAUUUAUUAAGUGCUACAUCAAACAUGUGACACAAACACAAAUAUAUAGUGGUUCAUAAAACACACUCACAUUAAGUGUCAUAUACCACAUGUGACCCAUACACAUACACACGCACGCACAACACAACACAUAUUAAAUGCUACAUAAGAUGUGAUUUUUCAUAUGCUAAGUGCUAUAUAAAACAUAUGACUCACAUAGUUAAGUGCUAUUGAGUGGUACAUAAAAGAUGUGGCACACAUAAAAUGCUACAUGAGAUAUGCCACACACAUUUAUUAACUAUUGCAUGAGACAUAACAUACAUAUAUAUUAAAUGGUGCAUUCUACUUGUGACAGAUAUAUUAAGUGCUACAUGAGUCAUGUGACACAUUAAAUAUUACAUGAGACAUGAUUUACACAAUUGAGUGCUACAUUAGACAUGUAAUAUAUAUAUACUGAGUGCUACAUAAAACAUGUGACAUAUAUUAAGUGCUACAUAAGAUGUAUGACAUUCAUAUUAAGUGCUAUAUGAGACAUGUUACAUGCAUAUUAGGUGCUAUAUGACAUGUGUUACACCUUGUCACCACUAUUUUAUCUAUUUUCAGCUCCAUUCUAGUCACUCCCAUCUCUCUUCUAUAGUGGGAGUAGUUGUGUAGUUCCUCUCCAGCAAGAAACUGUUUUAUUCUGGCCCUUUUCUCAUACUCUAGCUCCACCCCAUCAUCUCAUUGCAUAAAGCUACCUCCCUUUCUACAGCAGCUUCUCUCACUCAAAGGGUCUCUUAGUCUUGCAGGUUGCAUGGUGACCUCACUAGUACUGGUACCAUCACAAAAAAGGCACCCAGUGCAUUCCGUAAUGUGGUUGCCCUCAAGAAGAGCAUCGAGCUGUGGAAACUAUGACAAAGCAGAUGGAGCAUAAAGCAGUCUUCGGAACCCUUAGAUUUUGUCAAACUCUCCAACUCAUGCCAGCAUAAAGCAUGGACAUUAAAUGAUGAGGAUGAUGAUAAUGGUGGAAAGGGGACAUUUAUAUAAAAAAAAAAAGUAUUGGGUGAAAGGGGGGUGCAAAGCUGUAUAAGAUUGAGAACCAUUGAUAAUAGCAAAUAUACAUACAUUAAUUUAUACAUAUAUACAUACAUAAAUACAGCCAUAAUCAAACAUACUUACAUACAUACAUACAUACAUAUAUAUAUACAUAC